AUGCUUCUUUCACCAGCGUAUUCUGAUACAGUCGAAGUCAUGUCUGGCCCUCCGGAAACCCCAGGACACUUGUCCCGCACCGGGGUUUAUAUGGAUCCGACAGAUCCUCGCUGGUCUACCCUUCACUCUUCACCUUACUUUGGAGUCUCUCAUCAAUACCAACGUACACAGCAUGGCACAAACGUGCUGACACCCAUCAGCCUAGCUGAUAGCCCAUAUAUGCAACCUCGUCCCAGCCCCGGAUUGAGUCAUCAUUCUCAAGAAUAUCCAUACAUCGAUGACACAGUGGUCUCACAGGGACUCGGUAUCACGAGUUCAUACCACGAUUAUAUCCCCGCUCCGAGCUCUUCUCCAAGUUUUGGCUAUCAGCAUCCACAACACCACGAGCAGCAGCAGCAACAACAAACAAUGGAUUUCUACAAUUAUGGCUCGACUCACACAGGUUCUUAUGCAUUAGAACCCACCAGUUCUAAGCGUCCGAAACGGCAAAUGAUACCCAACACUCUGUCGUCACAACGCAACUCGCCCGUGAGAAUACUACCACACCCAGACGGCCUACAACGACUUGAACACGAGCGUCGAGGAGGCCAAAUAGUAGAUCCGAACCAACAAGAACCCCAAAAGACUCGCCCCGCUGGAAGAGGUCGUCGCGACCCCCAGGCGGAGGAAGAAGACGCCUUUGUCGAGAACCUUCGCGCACAGAAUCUAUCGUGGAAGAUUGUGGCGGAAAUGUUUCGCGAACGAUACGGCAAGAAUACUAGCGAGGCUCGACUCCAGAUGCGCAUGUUGCGGAGGAGAAAGAGUGCGGCGGCAUGGCAAGAGGCAGAUAUUCAACUACUUCACAAGGCGUAUAAAUAUUGGCAAACGGAAAAAUUCCGGAUAAUUGCCGACAAGUUGCAAGACCUAGGAGCAAGCCAAGAGUACGCCGAGGAGCAAAUCCAAUCGCAACUGAAGUGCUUACACGACGACGGUUCGGAAAACGAGUUUGCAACCACAUCUCCAGGAAUCGAGCAUAGGGAACUACAAAGUCCGAGGGCGAGGACCACAACUUUCACAAGCAGAAAACGGAAAAGACAGCUAGACGGUGAAGAAGACGAAGAAGAAGAAGAUUAA